AUGAAGAAGGUUAGGGCUUGUGAUUACAAGUUUCUUUCAAAGCAAAUUCUACAACUGGUGGAAGCAAACCCAAAAAUUCCAGUCAAGGCUUUAAGGGAACAACUUCAACGUAUCUACAAAGUAGAUAUUUCUAAGAUGAAAGCCUUUAGGGCAAGAGAAGCAGCCUUAAAAAUUAUCAGGGGUGAUUAUGCCACUCAGUACAAGAUCUUACAAGAUUAUUUGUUAGAAGUGCAGACUCAAAACCCAGACACCACUAUCAAGCUUGAUGUCGAAAGUGAACCAAAUCCUGAUGUUGAGACAAGAACCUUCAGACGCGUGUACGUGUGCCUUGGUGCUUUGAAGCAAGGAUUUGCAGCAGGGAAGAGGGAUUUUCUUGGGGUAGACGAGGCUUUCAUGAAAGGACCUUUCCAUGGUCAAAUUUUAUCUGCUGUGCUGACACUGAACUCUUGGACAUGGUUUUUAACUCACUUGGGUGAUGACCUAGGGUUGGCUUCAAAUUCAAAUUUUACAUUUAUAUCAGACAGGAAAAAGGGUUUAAGUUCUGCCAUCGCAGAUUUGUUUCCUUGUGCAGAGCACCGUUAUUGUGUUCGCCACAUACACGAAAAUAUGAGGUCACGUUGGAGAGGGGAUAAGUUUAAAGAACUGCUUUGGAACUGUUCAACAACAUAUACUGUGCAAGAGUUUGAAAAAGAAAUGGAAGAAGUUAGAAAAUUAAACCAAGAAUGUUAUGAGUGGCUUAAACAAAUACCACCUCAACAUUGGGCACGUUCUCAUUUUACAGGGAGAGCACAUUCUGAUAUUGUGAUAAACAACAUAUGCGAGUGCUUUAAUAGCAAAAUAAUAGACGGACGUGACACACCAAUUAUCAAUUGCUUAGAGUUCAUCCGGGAGUACAUCAUGAAGAGGAUUGUGAAUGUUGAAAAAGAAAUUGACAAAGCAACAGGCCCUUUGACUCCAACAGCUACCAAGCUAUUGCAAAAGAUCAAAGAUCAGGCAGAGGAGUAUACAACAUCAUUUUGUGGAAAUGGGAAGUACCAAGUGAGUGGACCUUGGCAAGAUCAGUGUGUAGUGAAUGUGAAUCAACGAACCUGUUCAUGCAAGAAGUGGGAAAUAACUGGAAUGCCAUGCAAACAUGUUGUAUCUGCAAUCUGGGACAUGAGGAGAAAUAAUGGUGCAAUUGGUAUUCCAGAAACCUUUGUUCAUGAAUGUUAUUGGCUAUCAACCUGGAGGAACAUGUACUCUUUCAAAGUGGAUCCGAUAAAUGGUAGAAGAAUGUGGAUUCAGUCACCUUGUCCAACUACUUUGUUGCCUCCAAAACACCGUGUCCCAAUAGGAAGACCAAAAAAGAAACGAAUGAAGUCAGCUACAGAAAAAGAGGAUAUGAUCAAAGGGAAUACAGUUUCUAGAGCACAAAAAACUGUUACAUGUACCAAAUGUAACAACAAAGGACACAAUGCCAGGACUUGCAAAGGGCAGUUACCAACUGUUGGGAAGAAGGGAAAAAAGAAGAAUGAGAAAGGAAAAGAGAAUGAGAAAGGAAAACAGAAGAAGAAAGGAAAAGAGAAGGAUCCAUUGUAA